GCGUCUGUGACGUGCUCCUCCUCCUGCCCAGCGCUCGCGCGAACACACUGAUGCUGUGCGGCUGAACAUCGCGCUCACGCUGGUCAUGGCGGCUGCUUUCCCCUCCGUUUAAAUAAAAAACGUAGCCUUUCCUCCUCCAGAGAAACUCAUAAUUUAACAUAACUGCUUAAGAUCUCAUAUUGGAAGAAAUACGCGUCAUUCUGGUCGAGGUGAAUCGGGUCUGAGAUCAGAAUGACCAAUGAAGAACCUCUCCCGAAGAAGGUUCGCCUUAGUGAAUCUGACAUGAAGACCCUGACUCGAGAGGAGCUGUGUACAAGGUGGAAACAGCAUGAAGCUUAUGUCCAGAUGCUUGAGACAAAAUAUGCUGAUUUAAACUCCAAUGAUGUGACGGGCCUGAAAGAGUCUGAGGAGAAGUUGAAGCAGCAACAGCAAGAAUCUGCACGCAGAGAAAACAUCCUGGUGAUGAGGCUUGCUACUAAAGAGCAGGAAAUGCAAGAGUGUACAACCCAAAUCCAGUACCUGAAGCAAGUCCAGCAACCGAGUGCGGCUCAGCUGAGAUCGUCCAUGGUGGACCCAGCCAUCAACUUAUUUUUCCUCAAAAUGAAGGCUGAACUGGAACAGACUAAAGACAAACUGGAGCAAGCCCAAAAUGAACUGAGUGCCUGGAAAUUUACACCUGAUAGCCAGACUGGUAAGAAGCUGAUGGCGAAAUGUCGCAUGCUGAUCCAGGAGAAUCAGGAGUUGGGCAGGCAGCUGUCUCAGGGGCGCAUCGCCCAGCUGGAGGCCGAGCUUGCCUUGCAGAAGAAGUACAGCGAAGAGCUCAAGAGCAGCCAAGAUGAGCUCAAUGACUUCAUCAUUCAGCUGGAUGAGGAGGUGGAGGGCAUGCAGAGCACCAUCCUGGUUCUUCAGCAGCAGCUGAGGGAGACCAGGCAGCAGUUGUCUCAGAUGAACUCCCAAGGCACUUCUAGUGGAGCUGGUCCAAGCAGAACUUCGCCUUCAGCGGCCUCUGAACCUUCCAUUCAAAUCGAACCUGCGACUGCCUCCUGCUCAAAUGUUGCGAAAGACUGCGGAAGGGUGUCCAACGGACCCUCCAACGGGAGCUCGUCUCAGAGGGGCACGUCUGGGUCCAGUCUGUAUAGAGAAGCGAGCAGCGCAGAUGAAGAUUACCCACCAUCGCCAUCUGUCUCCAGCCCCACUCACGGUGGCAUGUCAAAACUGUCCAACCACUCGGAAGAUGCAGCGAGCCAGAGGGGCGGAGAAGGGUACGUGACUCAACUAAGUGCGGGCUAUGAGAGCGUGGACUCGCCAACAGGCAGUGAGACGUCAGUGACCCAGCACUCGAACGAUACAGACUCCAAUGCUGACCCCCAUGAGGCCGCUGCUGUCUCCAAAGGCAGCAGGACUGCAGGUACGAGGCACAGCACUCAGAAUGGCCUGGACUCAUCUGCAGCAACAGUUGUCACCAACACCUCCAAUGCCUCCACAGGGUCUGUUUUGUAACAUUCUUAAAGUUUCACAGUUUGUUUUUUUAACCACGACAAACAAGGAAAUCACACUUCAGGCCAGUUAGUUCUUGUUUGAGAAAUGGUCAAAUGCAUCACUUUGUUUUGCUACCCGGCCUUCCAUCAUAACCUAUUUCAGUGCAUUUGUGACAUGCUCAAAGCUGAUUACGUUUAUAAAAUGAGCAACAUUGAGUUUGUAUAUUUGAAUUCUUUUUUUUUUUUUUUUUUAAUGAAUGACUUUUAAACCAUUUUUCCUCUGUCAAAGUAAUAUGAACACUUGGUUCUGUACUGUUCAUUUGCUCACUUGUUAGAUCUCGGAAAUCAUUUAGCUACGUGUGAUGUAUCAAUGCUCAAUUAAGUCUUGAAGCUGCAAGUUCAGACAGUCCUUAGUUUCCUGAUGUUGAACUUUUCUUUUUGUUCCUCUACAUGACGAGAGAAAACGUUUUGUUUGACUUGUGUGUAGUUUUGGAGAUGUAUCUUGUUAAAUUCUGAUUUCAAUCCUUUUCAUGUACUGACCAAAUAUCAAUAAAGAAUUUUAAUAUGA